UGCCAGCUCACUCCGACACCAAAAAGUUCGCGACGAGAGCGCCCUCGACACAGCUUUGCAUUCCAUCGAUUGAUCGAUCAUCGCCUUCGACAGCUCAUUAACUUGCACAAUGGCUCCGCCGCCCUCAGCCGACGUCCCGCUCUCCCAGCGGCUGCAACGGAUGGCCGUUACUCUGCAGUUCGCUUGGUUUUCUGGGCAUGCUCUUUCUCUACUAUGCAUCUUCCGAUACAUCCUCUCAUGUCUCCGAAUGAACUACUACGGGGGCAUGGCACGGUUCUGCUACCGCUUCGCCUUCCUCUCGGCCGCUGCGACCUACGGGAUCGUGGUUUACAAGACGUUGCGGGCCCGCCAAAAGACGGGAGCCAAGCCGCCUGCGAGUGCCCUGGGAUACCUCUCGGAUGAGAACGUUCAGUAUCUCGUUCUGGCCCUGAUCUGGCUCUUCAACCCCCAGUACCCGCUCGCUCUCCUCCCAUACGGCAUCUACUCCGUCUUCCACGUUGCUACGUACGUCGGCGCGACCCUGAUCCCCACCGUCGUUCCCCCGACCCAGAUUUCCCCGGCCACUGGCGCGUCGCCCAAUGGCAAGCCCCAAUAUACGCAGCACCCCGCUUCCGAGAGCAUCAAGUCGUUCGUCAAGCGGUACUAUGACUCGUCCAUGUCGGUGGUGGCGAAUCUCGAAAUCGCGCUCUGGAUCCGCCUGCUGUUGGCCGCUAUCUUCUUCCAGCGCCGGUCCUGGAUCCUGUUCGCCGUCUACACCACCUUCCUGCGCGCACGCUAUGCCCAGAGCAGCCACGUUCAGAACUCGUUCAGCCAGCUCGAGGCCCGAAUCGACAACCUCGUCGGCGCCCAGGGUACUCCCCCGGCGGCUCGCCAGGUGUGGGACGGCGUGAAGAACGCUGCCAGGCAGUUCCAUGCCGCCACCGACGUCAACAAGUUCGUCAGUGGUGCUGCCGCCCCCAAGAAGACCUCUUAAGCGGGCUCUUCUUGAAGUCGGUUCGAGCACGCGACAAGAAUGCUUUCCGCAUCCAUGCUUCAUGCGACCUUAAGCACGCUAACCCAGCCGUGAUUCUUCCUGGGGACGAAAUUUGUUUGCCUGUGCGCGAGGAGAUGGCGGGCUCGAUUCUCAAGGAGGAGAUGGUAGACGGAUACUGCAUGCCCCGAGGGAAGAAAGUGAUUGGACGGCGGAUGAUCGGCUCGUCGAUGCGCAAGGGCUCGGAGUUGCGCUUUUCGUUGGCCUCGCCUCGGCCCUUCUGCUGGUAUAGGGGAGGGGCCGGGGAAGUAUUCAGGGGGAGAGAAGGAGAUGGGUUUCGUUGGUAUUGGUCUCGUCAUUCCUGUACCAAAAUGUCUAACCUGUAUCAAUGGACCGAUUGCGACUUGUUUACAUAUUUGGCAUUCACAACCGUCAACAUUGAUCUAUACGCCCUUUCCAACC